ACGAGGGGUUGAGGGCUCGUGCGCGUCGGCAGGCCACGUGGCGAUGGGGCGCAGCGCGCAGAACCCGGGGGCCCUGCAAGGGGACAACGCUUCCGGCCAGUCUCCAUACCAGAGGUUAAGUCGGAGGAUGCGGGACAUUUCCGGGGACCGGGGCGUGUUGAAGGAUGUCAUCCGAGAGGGUGCUGGAGAGCUGGUGACACCCGAUGCUUCCGUGCUAGUGAAAUAUUCCGGAUAUCUGGAGCACAUGGACAAGCCUUUUGAUUCUAAUUGCUUUAGGAAAACUCCUCGCUUGAUGAAACUUGGAGAGGAUAUUACACUUUGGGGCAUGGAGCUGGGCCUUCUGAGCAUGCGGAGAGGAGAGCUGGCCAGGUUUCUGUUCAAACCAGCCUAUGCCUAUGGAACGCUGGGCUGCCCUCCCUUGAUCCCCCCAAACACUACUGUCCUGUUCGAGAUUGAGCUGCUUGACUUCCUGGACUCCGCUGAGUCAGACAAGUUUUGUGCCCUUUCAGCUGAGCAACAAGAUCAGUUUCCGCUUCAGAAGGUCCUAAAAGUGGCAGCUACUGAACGGGAGUUUGGCAACUAUCUUUUCCGCCAAAGUCGUUUCUAUGAUGCCAAAGUGAGGUAUAAACGGGCCUUGCUGCUGCUUCACCGGCGAUCAACACCCCCUGAAGAGCAGCACCUGGUGGAAGCAGCCAAGCUUCUUGUCCUCCUUAACCUGUCCUUUACAUACCUGAAGCUGGAGCGGCCCGCCACGGCCCUGCGUUAUGGAGAACAGGCUCUGAUCAUUGACCGGAAGAAUGCCAAGGCCCUCUUCCGGUGCGGACAGGCCUGUCUUAUCAUGACUGAGUAUCAGAAGGCUCGAGAUUUUCUAGUCCGAGCCCAGAAGGAACAGCCCUUCAAUCAUGACAUCAAUAACGAGCUGAAGAAACUGGCCAGCUAUUACAGGGACUACACAGAUAAAGAGAAAGAAAUGUGUCACCGAAUGUUCGCUGCUUAUGAUAGUGGCUCUACAGUAGGAGAAAAUUGAAGGACUCCUGUUGGUUGGAUGUUAGACCUUCUGCAGGGAUCCUCUAUGUCCUUUAUGUUUCUUUACAUUUUUUAAAAUAUUUAUUUUUGAGAGAGAGUACAAGCAGGGAAGGGGCAGAGAGAGAGAGAGAGACACGGAGACACAGAAUCUGAAGCAGGCUCCAUACCCUGAGCUAUGAUCACAGAACCCAAUGAGAGACCAUGGAACUCCCAAACCAUGAGGUCAUGACCUGAGCCCUAGUCGGACGUUUAACUGACUGAGCCACCCAUAAACCUUUACGUUUCUGUAAAAUUGUCUCUCUUAACUCACUGCCCUGCCUCCUGCCAGGAAACAUACCUCAUUUCCAACUCUCUCCUGUUGGCUUUUUUUCAUUUCAGCAAAUAUUUGAAACCACGAGAUCUUUUCAGAUUUCCCUCUUUUAUAGUUUCCCUCUCUCUCCACCUUUGUAUUAUGAAAUAUCUCAAAUUUAGACAAGUAGAAUAAUAGGAUUUCCCCCAUGUAUUCAGCAUUCAGGUUUAAUAGUAUCAACAUAGAACCAGUGUUUCCAUCUGUGACCCCACCCAUUUCUUCCCCACCCCUAGCACUGUCGGGGUAAUUUGAAGUGGAUCCUAAUAAUACUGUCAUUUCAUCCACAAGGAUUUCCCGUUUCCUUAUGUACCUCUAAAAAAAAUAAGGACCAUUCUUGCACAUUUUCUUUUGUUUUCUGAAAUGUUUAUUUUUCUGCUUACUUGCUUUCAUCUUUCUCUUUUCCAUGUUUCAUGUUGCAGACUUUCCACAGUUGUUUUUUGGUUGCCUGUUCACACUUUAGAACGUAGCAAUAGAAAAAUUGAUCAGGAGUUCUGUUAGGGGAGCCUGGCUAGCUCAGUUAGUUAAGUGUCAGACUCACGUUUUCAGCUCAGGUCAUGAUCUCAUGGUUUGUGAGUUUGAGCCCCGCG